UGGAACCUGCCAGCUUUGUCCGUGGUGACUCAGGCCCUUGGGCCCCCCACCUGCCAGCAGCCCGAAGUUAAGGAGCAGCCCUGCCCCGCCCUGCCCCGGCCUCCCACCCCUGACCGCCUGAUAACAAACCAGAAACUGAAACAGAGUCAGGAUUCCCGGCUUGAAGUCAGAGAUGAGUCACAGCUAAGAGCAAGUGCAGUAGCUGAGAAGGGGCACCAGAGAGGCAGACGUGAGCCGAAGGCACCAGAGGUGGGCAGCGCGUCUGUGGGUCCUGGUGACACAUGGAGAGCGGCACCGAGGUGGUGGCCAUGGACUGCGAGAUGGUGGGGCUGGGGCCCCGAGGGGAGAGUGGCCUGGCUCGUUGCAGCCUCGUGGACCUCCACGGCACCGUGCUCUACGACAAGUUCAUCCGGCCAGAAGGGGAGAUCACCGAUUACAGGACCCUGAUCAGUGGGAUCACACCUUGGCACAUGCAGGAGGCCACGCCAUUUGCCGUGGCCAGGCUGGAGAUCCUGCGGCUCCUGAAGGGCAAGCUGGUGGUGGGCCACGACCUGAAGCACGACUUCCAGGCGCUGAAGGAGAACAUGAACGACUACUCCGUUUAUGACACGUCGGUGGACAGGCUGCUGUGGCGGGAGGCCGGCCUGCAGGACUGCGAGCGCGUCUCCCUCCGCGUGCUCAGCGAGCGCCUCCUCGGCCGGCGCAUCCAGCCUUGAGAGGCUGUGUGCUUGCCAGCGAGGAGGGGUGCUGGCCUCGGGGUUCCCCAAGCAGCCGGCCCUGGACGAGUACCCAGCGCAGGAGGUUCAUUCCAGAGGUGACCCCGGGACGUGCUGGUGGAGCCUAGCGCCCAAUAUAGGUCUUGUUUGUUUUUAAACUCCAGCCAGUUACUCUGUGGGUAACUGAAGUUUUUUUCUUUAAUGUUUAUGUUUGAGAGAGAGCCAGUGUGAGCGGGGAAGGGGCAGAGAGAGAGGGGGGUAAGGGACAGAGGAUCCCAAGCGGGCUCCGUGCUGACAGCAGAGAGCCCAAUGCGGGGCUCGAACUCACUAACCUUGAGGUCCUGACCUGAGCCCACGCUUAACCAACUGAGCCACCCAGGCGCCCCAUAACUGACGUUUAAUCCCACUGCGGGCCUCUGGAAUAGGGUAAAACGCAGCCCUCAGAUCUUUUCCAGGGAGCGGUGGUAUUUACACACAGCUCCCAGCAGGCAGGGCUGCUGCUGCUCCCGGAGCCCCCAUUUCUCGGCACUCGUAGUCUCCGGCGAGGCCCAGAAGGGGGGGUCCUUGGGGGCUCACGGAGGUGGCAGGGCCGAGGGAGGUGGGCCCGACACCAGCAGCCACGGGUCCACGUGGGGGAGGUAUUUAUUAGCACCUACUCUGUGCCGGGCUGGUCAGGAUGCUGGAGACGCAGGGCUGAGCAGGGCUGGCCUUGUGCUUGAGGAAAUCCUGGGUUGAGGGAGGGUGGCCCAUUAGCCGGAAGGGAUGAAGGAAAGAAGGUCUGCAGGAAUCUGAAGGGUGAGUCUUAGUGGAGGAGGGCGGGGAGGGGAGGGCACCAGGAACUGGGGAGGGAGCAGGGGACGAGCCUGAUUUUGGACCCCUCCGUUAGCCUUGUGGCACGCAGGACGGAGGACAGAAUACACAGCACGUGGAUUCACCCAAGUGCUGAGCAAGUAGCAUUUAGAAACAUCAUUUUGGCAUUUGAAAACAAAAUUUUUUAACAUAUAUUUAUUUUUGAGAUAGAGACAGAGCAUGAGGGGCAGAGGGAGACACGGAAUCAGAAGCAGGCUCCAGGCUCCAAGCUGUCAGCACGGAG